CUCCCAUUUCUCCAUUGACAACAACGAAGAUACGUCCCAACGAGCUCAGAGAGCCACACCAAUCCUCUUCUUCUUCUUCUUCUUCCUCCUGCAUUUUUGGUUUGGUGGCGUUGAAACAUCAUCAUGUCUAGCGCAGAGGAUGUGAAAGAGCAAUCAGUGCAAGGAAACCUCACCAAUGAGGCAGAAAAGUCGAUGCCAUCAUCACAGCAGGAGGAGGCUGCUGUAAAGAAGAAGUAUGGAGGGCUCAUGCCAAAGAAACCUCCUCUCAUUUCCAAGGAUCAUGAGCGAGCAUACUUUGACUCAGCUGAUUGGGCUCUUGGAAAGCAAGGUGUUGCGAAGCCAAAGGGACCCCUUGAAGCUCUUCGUCCCAAGUUACAGCCAACGCAGCAGCAGACGCGUUACAGGAAGUCUCCAUGUGCACCAUCUGAGGGUGGUGAAGAUGGAGGAGCUGCUCAGGCCGAGGGAGGUCCAGGCAACUGAGGCGUAGAGUGAUGAUGAUGUAUGAAAACUCUUGUGUAAGAAGUCUGUUAUAAUCGGAUAUUUUCUGUCCAUUUGAAACAUCAGAUAUGGCUUUCAUUAAAUCUUAACUUGAUCG